AUGCCUGUAGUAAAGCGGCCAAGACGCUUUGCUUCAGAGACACAUUACGAACAGCUAGCUAUCCAGAUGUGGGCCAAUGAUUGGCAUAGCUACUCAUAUCCAGUAGUCAGAAUCAUGGACUGGGCAGCUAUGUACGCCGCGAUCUGCUCCGGCUCUAGAAUCGGGGAAUACUUCGAGUCUACCUGCCGCUCGGGCUCAGGGCGAGGACUACGGUUCAGGGAUGUCAAAUUGGUGGUCUUUUACAACGAAGAGGAGAGGCCGGAGCUUGGUCUCCUGCUUGUUCGUGAUGCGAAGGGGAUGACGUAUAUCCCUCACCAAAGACCUAAGCACGUCAUAUACGAAGGAAUAGAUUCUGGUCCCCUCUUCCGGAAUGGGAUGCUUUUCCACAUUGCCUUCCUUCUAGCGAAGCAGGCGAUUGCAGGGUGCGAGACGAUUGACACGCUCUUCGCAAGGAAACCUAAUCCAGGGGAUAACAUCUCAAUUAUUCCGUGGGUGAAGGGUAUAGAGGACGAUCCUUUCUACCCAAACAUCCACAGCAACGACGUCGAACGAGCAGGUUCGAUUGCUUCUCGCAUCAGGGCGCUGGGGUUUCGAGCCGGCUUCGCCAAUCCCCCACGAGCGCAUGAUUUCAGAGCGUCCACUUUGUACCGUGUUGGCAAAUUACACUCGGAGGCAGACCGCCGGAUAUUCGCCGGCCAAAGUGACAACCGUACCUGGGAUACAUACUACGCACCCAGAAUUGCUGCAGAUGGACAAGGUUCAGUCUUCCGCAGCAAGCGUGGGCCUCGUACAAAUAUUAUAGAACAUUUCCUCGAUCUCACAAUUCUCCGAAACCCUGCCUUGUUGCAGGCGCUUCCUGCAGAGAGCCGUGCUAAGUUCGAAGAGUCACAGGCGAUUCAAGAACUUCGAGCUGAGAUGGAAAAGCUGCAGCAUGGAGAUGCUAGCGAUCCUAAAAGGGCAAAGAAAAUCCAAGAGUUAUAUCAGCAACGGCGCAGACUCGAGCGGGAAGCAGUUAGGGAGUUGCAGGCAGAGCAUUCAGCGUCAACCGCAGAGGCGACAUCCCAGCUCUGCUACCAUCGGAGUUAUUUUGACCGGGUCCGCUAUCUUAUGCCUGAAAGAGAUCGGCUCGCCACGGAUCUGUUCCAGUCUACUGGACUACGCGGUGAACUCGGUCAUCGCGUCCUCAGGGAUUUAAUUGCUAUUUGUACGCAGACGACAGAGGUCCAGUUUCGGCGAGGGCUUGAACCAGACAAGUGCAACUGCAACCAAAGCGAAAAA